GGUGGGCGAGGCCAGGCGGGCACCACUUAAAGGCGUCGUGACUCUCAGCCGCACCCCACAGGCCAGGCGACUGGUGCCACCCCGGAGAUCGGCGUCCUUGCUGGCGUGUGGAGCCUGGGGAGCGGGCUGCGGUUGACAAAGGACACAAACCUUCUACCACUUGUAGCUUUUUUUCUCAGUUUCUUCUGUAAACCAAAACAUCUCAAAAUGGAGGCCUAAACCCUUAAAAGGGACGUAGCCUAACCUUGGGAGGUAGUUUUGUGCAUGGACAGACAAAUUAAUUUCUAAGUGGACUUUCGGGACUGUUGUCCCAAGAUGCUCAUUUGAAGCAUGUGGUCUAGUUCUCGGAGGUGUGCUUUUUAUGGUUUGGUUGUGAAUUUGAUGCCUGGAAGGGAAGGAGCUCUGUGACAGGCAGUGUUGAAGUUGCCUGGCCGUCUCCCACUGGCUGGCAGUUUUUAAAAAAGUGCCCCUGUUCAAGAAAGAUCCAAACACAGUGCCGGUUAUCCAGAGGAAAUGAGUAAUCAGGCUUACUCGGGAGUAGAGAAGUGUGCUCAUGAGGUCGCUGGCAUGCUGAGAGGUUGCGACAAUGGCAGAGAAGAAACAGGAAGAAAAUGUUCUGGGACACACAGCAAGUUCAGAGGAAGUGAGACAGACAUUGCUUGAGAGCUGAGAAACUGUCCACCCGCAAGGCCGUUGGCAUUUUAAAGCUCUGCUCUGCAGGUCUUUUAGAUAGACUGCGGCAUGGGAACGGCGGCAGCUGCAUUGUUCUGAUAAACGAACCAGUUUACUCAGAAGGAAAUGUCCUAGAACGACCAAGUUUUCAUAGCCCUGUGGAGGGUCAGUGAGGUCAGACAGAGUCUCCUGAGGGAGACUCCUGGUGACAACUGUGCAGAGGAUGAGUUGGUGUCCUUGGUAGAGAACCUGCGUUUCUGGGAACUGCAGGAAGCCACAUCAGCCAGUGGCAGCAAACCCCUGGGGCCUUGAUAUAAGACGGAUUUGCUAACGGCUAGUAAAUCUUAUGUGAGAAAUUCUCAAUUUGAAGGUCUCUGCUGUUCAGAUGGUAAUAGAAUUUUUUUGUGUCUUGAUAAAUAUGUGCUCAGUGAACACUCUCUGUGAGAUAAUUUCUGACCAAAACUAAAAAUUUUUGUUACAAGCCUGUAGUGGUGGUGCACACCUUUAACCCCAGCACUCAGGAGGCAGAGGCAGGCCAAUCUCUGAGUUUGAGGCCAGCCUGGUCUACAGAGUGUUAUGAUAUCAGAAUAUUAACACACAGUGAGUUCUAAGACAGCCAGGGUUACACAGAGAAACUUUGUCUCAAAAAAAAAAAAGACAAAGAACGAAAGAAAGAAAACACAAAGUUUGAGAUGUGCUGUGUAACUCCGUGGUAAGGCGCACAGGCUUUGUGAGCCCAAGGCCCUGGGCUCGAUCCCCAGUGCUGCGCAGAUGAGCAAAAAAGGUACAGGAUCAGUGAGUGAGUCUGAUCCUGGUCCUUUGAAAGGAAACAAAAAACAAGCAAGAGUCUUGAAGUGGUUUAUUAUUUUAAAUCGCAUCUGAACCACGUUUCACUCGCUAUGAAUGCACAGUGUCAUGAAUCAGACUUUUUGUGCAGGUUGCAUGAACGCCGCUCAUGCAUCCUCCUGGCAAAGAGAAGCAGGCUUGCCCCCAAGACGCCUGGCACAGAGUGCCCAAACUUCUGUCACACAUUGGCUGUUAGGUAGAAUCUAGUUUUUAUUGUGUGCAUGAAGAUUGUACAAAGGUGUGGUUGUGUGUAAUUGUGCCUUAAAAUGUAUCAGGGUAGGAUUUACACUCUCAUCCUACUGAAUCCCAAAAUACAUAGAAGGAAAAAAAUGAGUUUGUUCUUAUUUUAGGUGUUCAGCCUAGUAGUAAAACUGACCAAAAGCCAUGCACAAAACUACCUCCCCAGAGGAAGGCUGGUCCCUUCCCCUCCCCAUCGUUUCGUCAUGAACUUGGUUCAAGACAGUGUCCUCCUGUCCAAGCUGAUGAAGAGUGCCGACACAUUUGAGUUGAAGUACGACUUUUCAUGUGAGCUGUACCGUUUGUCCACGUACUCAGCUUUCCCUGCUGGAGUUCCUGUCUCAGAACGGAGUCUGGCUCGUGCUGGCUUUUACUACACGGGCGUCAACGACAAGGUCAAGUGCUUCUGCUGUGGCCUGAUGCUGGACAACUGGAAACAAGGGGACAGCCCUGUUGAAAAGCACAGGCAGCUGUACCCCAGCUGCAGCUUCGUCCACACUCUGAGUCCAGCCAACAGUCUGGAAGCCAGCCCUCAGCCUUCUCUUCCGUCUGCAGCGCCGAGCACCAUGCCUUCAUUAUGUGCAAGUUUGGAGAACACUGGCUAUUUCAGUGGCUCUUACUCAAGCUUUCCCUCAGACCCUGCGAACUUCAGAGCAAAUCAAGAUUGUCCUAGUUUGAGGACAAGUCCCUACGACUUCGCGAUGAAUACAGAGAAGGCCAGAUUACUCACCUAUCAGACAUGGCCAUUGUCCUUUCUGUCACCGGCCGACCUGGCCAGAGCCGGCUUCUAUUACAUAGGGCCUGGAGACAGGGUGGCCUGCUUUGCCUGUGGUGGGAAACUGAGCAACUGGGAACCGAAGGAUGAUGCUAUGUCAGAGCAUCGGAGACAUUUCCCCAGCUGCCCAUUCUUAAAAGAUCGGAGUCAGUCAGCCUCGAGAUAUACUGUCUCUAACGUGAGCAUGCAGACACAGGAAGCACGUGUUAGAACAUUCUUUAACUGGCCGUCUAGUGCUCUGGUUCCUCCUCAGCAGCUUGCAAGUGCAGGAUUUUAUUAUACAGGGCACAGCGAUGACGUCAAGUGCUUUUGCUGUGAUGGCGGGCUGAGGUGUUGGGAGUCUGGAGACGACCCCUGGGUGGAGCAUGCCAAGUGGUUUCCCAGGUGUGAAUACUUGAUAAGGAUCAAAGGGCAAGAGUUUGUUGACCACGUUCAAGCCGGGUACCCUCAUCUACUUGAACAGCUAUUAUCUACGUCAGACACCCCAGAAGAUGAGAACCAAGACUCACCAAUUGUGCAUUUCGGACCUGGCGAAAGUUCAGAAGAUGCGGUCAUGAUGAGCACAGCUGUGGUUAGAGCGGCUUUGGAAAUGGGCUUCAGCAGGAGCCUGGUGAGACAGACCAUUCAACGUCACAUCCUGGCCACCGGGGACACUUACAGGACCGUCGGCGACCUCGUGAUAGGCUUGCUUGAUGCAGAAGAUGAGAUACGGGAGGAACAGAAGGAGCAGGCAGCUGAGGAAACAGAGUCAGACGAUCUAACAUUAAUCCGGAAGAACAAGAUGGUGCUUUUUCAACAUUUGACGAGUGUGACACCAAUCCUGGACUGUCUCCUACGUGCCAGGGCGAUCACUGAACAGGAGUGCGAUGCUGUCAAACAGAAGCCGCAGACCUUGCAAGCAAGAACACUGAUUGAGACUGUGUUAGCCAAAGGAAACACUGCAGCAGCCUCAUUCAGAAACUCCCUUCAGGACAGUGACCCUGUGCUAUACCAAGAUUUAUUUGUGCGACAGGACUUUAGGCGUCCUCCCACAGAUGACAUUGCAGUCUUUACUCUCUCUGAAGAAGCCACAUUCAGGAUGGAGAAAUGGCUCAGCAGCUAAGAGGGUUUGCUGCACAAGCUUGAGGAGCUGAGUUCAAAUCCCUAGCACCUUAGCAAACAGCUGGGCAUGGCUGCACAGUGCCUGUGUGACGUGUUGCUCCAGUGAUGUGGACCAGAAGACAGGAUUGCUGAUGCUCAUGGGCCGUGACUCUAGGCACAAAGAUACACCCUGUCUCAUUUCUUGGGUUACAAUUGCCAAUAUUCCCUCAUGUGGAUGUGUCCAGCAAAAUUACAUAUGGUUUACACGAGAAGCUAUCAACAACCCAUUCCUAGCAAAGUAUUAUAAAACAAGACAUUUAUCCAAAACUGCUAAUUACAAUAGUGUUUGUGGAAGGUUGCAGACCACCCAAAUGCCUGUCAGUGGGAAAAUAGCUGAAUUUACAAUAUUUCUUUUCUUUAGAGAACUCAUUCUAGUAUUUUCCUUGUAAUGCUGAGAUUUCAACUUACUGUCUCAAAUGCUAUACCACACACCCUCAGCUUAGAAAUAACCCAAUUUUUAACAUGGGCAAUCUUUUGAAUUUUGCAUGGUCCUUGAGCCAGAUCUAUGGUAAUACUUUUUCUCUUUGGCUAGAGGAAACUUUGACUUUUCUUUUGGUAAAGAAAAGGUCACAGGAUGUGGUGUCCAACACCUAGAAUCCCAGCACUCGGGAGGCAUAGGUAAACAGAUCUCUGUGAGUUCAAGGCCAACCUGGUCUACAAAGUGAGUUCCAAGGACAGCCAGGGCUGUUACACAGAGAAACCCAUCCCGAAAAUAAAGAAAAAGGUCAGGUCUUGGCUCUACUUCUUUUGGGCUCAAGUUCUCCUGGCCGUCCCCACUCAUCUCCUCCUCAGUAACAGGCCUGUCUUUCCUGGAUGGCUCUGAUACCUGCAGUGUGCAUGGUUACUGAUGGCGGGCAGAGUGGACCGUGGUGGUCAUGAAGGCUGGCGGCUGGCUGUGCCUUCCCUCUAUCAUCACUGUAACACCCUGUGGCCGGCCCACUGGCUGGGACGCUCUUUUGUGGUUCAGGGACCUACUAUUCCUGACUCUUGCACACACGCCCCUGGCGGUACCUAAUCUUACUACUGUAGCUGCAGAGACGAAAGGAACAAAGCUAGCUUGGAACUCACUGUGUAGUCCAGGCUAGCCUUAAUCUCGCAGCGAUCCUCGGCCUGAGCCACUAUUCCUGGCUCUUAACUGCUUUUGAAUCAAAUCGUUAAAGUUGAAUAUAUUAUGGUGUACUUAUGCCGUGUAUCACCAGCACCUAUAACGUUCGUCGCUAUGUGCAAUACUGAGUGGUCUGCAAUUUAGCAAGUGGAGAAAGGCAUGCUACUAAGAACUUGAAAUUUUACUUUUUUCUUUAUUUAUAUGUUUUAUUUUAUGUGUGAUUUGCCUGUAUGUUUGGGCAGUGCAUCACUUGUAUGCAAUACCCACGGAGGCCAGAAGAGGGCGUCGAAUUCUUUGGAACUCCAUGAUGUGGAUUUUAGGAAACGAACCAGGGUCCUCCGCAGCAGUAGUGUUCUUAACUACUAUCUCUCCAGCCCCUGGUUUUAUUAUACAACUUACGUUGCAGAAAUCUUUUCAAUCUUAAUUUUUCUUCAAAAAUAUCUUGAAUCGUAUAUUUUUUGUAUAUAAAGAUGAAAUGUCAUAACUACCUCAACAUUGAAAGUUU